AGGUAAUAUUCAUGAGAUGUGCUAGUUUCAAUCAAUUUUUUUAGAGUUCCUGAGAAUUUUUUAUCCUGCACAGAUUUAAAUUUGGAUUAAGAAUGGCAGGAGCUCCGGAAGAAGAGGUUCUUGAGGCCGAUCCCAGGCUUCCAGAAAAGCCAGGCAAAAAGUUUUUAAUGGUGCUGCUGAUUUAUACGGUGUAUCUCGUGCUCGGCGCUUUCACGUUCAUGUACCUGGAAUUUUCCGUGCAGAAGGAAAUUCAAGUCAACGACUUACCUAAGUGGCUGGAAAUUAAAAAAUCCCUCUUCCACGAGCACCAUCCAGAGGGCUACCCGCACACCCUGACGCCUGAGGCAGCAAAUCAGGUGGCGUGGCUGGAGCUGCUCUGCCCUCAGCUCAACAGGUCCAUGCUGCUCACGCUCUUCCAGGAAGACAAUAUUUUCGAGAACGCCGCCGAGGUGGAGAAGAAGUGCGACAAGGUCCGCAACGUGACCGUGUCUGAGGAGGUGGUAUAUUCCUGGAGCUUCAUUGACGCGCUCUACUUCAGCAUGACCGUCACCACCACCAUCGGUUACGGACACAUCGCGCCCACACGGGCGGCCGGCAAGUUGAUGUGCAUGAUGUACGCUGUGGUGGGGAUCCCGCUAACUGGCAUACUUCUCGCCUACACAUCCGAUGUCUUCGGAGAGAAAAUAUUCGCUAUCUACAGGUCAAAAUUGAGCGGGCAGAAACAGAGGUCCCGAUUCUUCAUCGUGGCAGCGACUGUUCUGUACUUGCUGCUCGGCUUCGUAGUGUUCCUGUUUCUACCAGCCAUUGUGUUCGUCUACGUCGAGGGAUGGAACUACCUUGACAGCGUCUACUAUGCCUUCAUCACGCUUACCACCAUCGGCUUCGGCGAUAUCGUAUCCGGUCGUGGGAUGGAGCCUGGCUGGGGGCACGCUUGCUACCAGCUAUUCGUGAUCGUGUGGAUCAUCACCAGCCUGGGCUACUGGGUCAUGGUAGCCAACUUCAUCACCCGCGCCCUCAGGUCGAAAAAGCUCCACAUGUCUCUCAUUCAUCGCGCCAAACUCCUAAAAGAUAUCAUGGAGAAACAGAACGACCCCGUCUUCUUGCCGCAGAAAUCCAAACAAGCUUUUAAUUUCAUUAUGCAGCUGAGUUCGAUUCUGGCCGUAGACGCGGAGAACGCGAAGCAGCUGCAGUUGGAGGACCCUGACACCGCACCGGGCCUGAGCGACAAAUCACGCAGCUCUUCUAUGCCGAUGGGCAUACCGGGCAUCAGCUCUCUCUUCAACAUGUCUGCCAUCUCCCCGACGUCUAUGAAUAAUCAGCUAUGUAGGAGCAUGGUAAGCACCGUUCCUGGCGGGGGAUCGGAGUGUUCCCUCAAAGCCGAGCAUCCCGUUAACCCAAGCUACCCUCCCUCUCCUUCGUCCGUCACCAACUCCCUCGACACCACUAACAGCACCAUCACAAUCGAUUGUGAUGACUCCACAAUCUCCUCCGACCCCGCCAUCUAGUCACUUCAGUCAUAUUAUUUAGAAAGGAAUAGCACCGUAGCUAAGAACACCUAGUACGCGUUAAUGUCUUUAGAGUCCAAAAUUUAUGCAGAAAUAUCCUUCGAAGGAUGGGAUGGAUAGCUGCAAAUUCAUAUGAAUGUGACAUAAACAAUAUGCGCGAAAGGUAUAGUUUGGAGGGUACAAGCGUUCUUACUGCAAUUAAUGAUAUGCAAUAAAAUGCAGGCAAUAUGUUUUACUGACAAAUUACUGGAUCCAAAGGAGAAUAAAAGAAACAAGUUGUUCGGUUCAGUAUUUUGAGUUUGGAAAGUUAAGUUGCGCGAAAGGGAGCGUACCGACGAAAAUCGUACUGUAUAAUUCCAUUGAUAUUGAAAUUCAUGUCUUGAACUGUUGAGUCGGAGAGUUACGGGAAGUUAUGUUGCAUAGUGUUAUACAUGGUGCUCUAGAUAUUAGAUCAUUCAUUUUUGCAUGAUCAUUUUCCGCUUCGUAAUUCCCAUGGUAUCCGAAUUUGUCAGACGCUUUUAGGAGCGACUUCCGCUUUAUCCUUUCAUAGUUGAAAAUUGAAUGCUGAAUUGAAUUAUAUGAGAGGGUGAAUCAAGUCGAUUUUAAUUAUUCGAUGGAUGCAUAGCAGAAAUUGAAUUAUGUGCAAAAUUUUACGGGCCCUUGAUUCAAUUGACUAUAUAUAUGUCAGCUCUUUUAUUAUUACCACGGUAAAUCAUAGUACAAGAAUCACAUCGUUCAUUCCAUGUUGAUUGGUAGUGACUGUUGUACAACAAUCAAAGAGAUUGUUUGGAUGUUGAUAAUACCUUUUUUACUACGAACUGUGCCAUUUUACUAUUAUCGCUUUACUCAUGACAGUCGAAGCACUUUUUCGAGGGAAGUGAUCGUCAGAACCCAUCUCUCCUCCUCUGUCGAACGUCUCAAAUUGUCGAACCUUCUAACGCGGAUGAAUUGGAAUCUUUUUUACGCAACUUUUUAAUCUUUAACAAUUGUUCAAUUUGUUCAUUUCAUUUAAUGACUUUAUUUUAUUACCUCUAACCUCAUCUUACCAUGACUACUUUAUUUGUGCCAUCGUAUCAAUUCAAAGACAUCGAGUCGUAAUUUUCUAGUGUCUAAUCUCAAAAAUUCAUCGAUUACCACGGCUCCUCUCGAACGGUGGGUGGUUCACACAAAUUACAGAGGUUUUCUGCGAGUUCCAUGCAAUCGCUGCUAAGUGCAUUAUACAGUAUGUCAUGUAGUUGGCGGCUUUAAAUGAGGCUCUUUACAUCUUAUUAUGAGAAGUCCUUCAUGAACUAUAACCAUCUGUCCAAACAAUCGUUCACGACUGAUGCCCAUAAAACAAAAUAAUAUCAAUUCGCUGAACCUUUCUUCCGGUGUCAAGGCAAGGACGCUCACUUUGAAGACGAUACUUAUGUUAAUAUUUUGUAUUCGUGUAUUUUAAAAAUAUAACGUAUUCAUUAUUUUAAACCUUAUUUCAAAUUUUUUCGUUUAGUUUAUUCAUGUCAACGUUUAAUUUUCUCCAGCCGAUAGCGUGAUAGCGAAACUGCGUUUUUAAGUUUGAAAUUUUGUCGAGGUUUUAAACCGAUCUUGUUAAUUCUGUUGUUAUUCGCAGCUAUGACAUGCGUAUUUCUUGUAACGUCUAUGUGAUUGAUGAUUACCCAUUAGGAUGACCUUGACAUCAUUUUUCACAUAGUCAAGAGAUUUUAGCCGACGAGCUCGCUUGGCAUAUUGAUUAUUAAUUUUAAUGUGAUAUUUUACUGGUCAGCGAUAAAUUGGAAAUAAAUUGACCCAAGAUUCAGUAUC